AUGGAUACUCCAAAUUUAUCACAUUUAACAUUAAAAGAUUAUGAACAAGUCUAUGAACCGGCUGAAGACAGUUUUUUAAUGUUAGACGCUCUUGAAUUAGAUUUAACUUUAAUACGAAAUAUAAAGCCGUUAUUAAUUAUUGAAAUUGGAUCGGGGUCUGGUAUUACUAUAACAGCUUUAGCUAAAGCUUUGGGUCAUACUGCACAAUAUUUUGCAACCGAUAUAAAUCCCUAUGCUUGCGAUGUUACUAUAAAGACGUCUAUUCAAAAUAAUACUCAAAUAGAAAUGUUCGAAAUGGAUUUAUUUACGAAUUUCCGUUCAAAUAUAUUCGAUAUAAUUAUAUUUAAUCCACCUUACGUAGUCACAGAAAGUUCUGAAAUAUUUUUAAGUAAUGGUAUUGAGCGAAGUUGGGCUGGAGGAUCGAAAGGUCGAGAAAUUACUGAUCGUGUGUUGCUGCAAGUGAAGAACAUGUUAUCUGAUAAAGGAUUGUUUUAUUUGGUAACAAUUGAAGAAAAUGAUCCGAACGACAUAUGUAAUAUAAUGAAAAAACAGGGUUUUUAUUUUGAAAUGGUCAUCGAAAGGAAGGUUCGUGGUGAACACUUAAAAAUAUUUCGAUUUAGCUUACAAAAAUUUUAGGUUAUAGAUAUAUUGCACUUAAG